ACGACGACAACGGUUUCCAUUUGAGCAGGCGGCCCGAGCAGCUGGCGGCGGCGGGGGGCACCGGCCCCGGGCAGUUUGGUGCUCUGCUUGUCGGAUGUUGGAGUGCAGUAAAACAGAACACAUUCUUCGGGGUUUUAUGUCCGUCCUGGGGUGCAGUGACUAACAUUGAACUUUGGCUCCUGUAGCGUUAAGCUGGAGCUUGGCUCUGAAGGAUAAAUAAAGCACAGCCUCUCGACUGGACAUAAAUGGAUCUAAAGACAGCAGUGUUUAACGCAGCUCGCGAUGGCAAACUCCGGCUCCUCACCAAGUUGUUGGCAAGCAAGUCCAAAGAGGAGGUUUCCUCCUUGAUUUCUGAAAAAACAAAUGGGGCCACGCCACUCCUGAUGGCUGCGAGGUAUGGGCACCUCGACAUGGUGGAAUUCCUUCUAGAGCAAUGCAGUGCAUCCAUAGAAGUCGGGGGCUCUGUCAAUUUUGACGGCGAAACCAUUGAGGGUGCUCCCCCUUUAUGGGCCGCUUCUGCAGCUGGACACUUGAAGGUUGUCCAGUCUUUGUUAAACCAUGGAGCAUCAGUCAACAACACGACUUUAACCAAUUCAACUCCUCUUCGAGCUGCAUGUUUCGAUGGCCAUUUGGAAAUAGUCAAGUACCUCGUAGAACACAAAGCUGACUUGGAAGUGUCAAAUCGGCAUGGUCAUACGUGCUUGAUGAUUUCAUGUUACAAAGGACAUAAAGAGAUUGCUCAGUAUUUACUUGAAAAGGGGGCAGAUGUUAAUAGAAAAAGUGUUAAAGGUAAUACUGCAUUACACGAUUGUGCAGAAUCUGGGAGUUUGGACAUCAUGAAGAUGCUUCUUAUGUAUUGUGCCAAGAUGGAAAAGGAUGGUUAUGGAAUGACUCCCCUUCUUUCAGCAAGUGUGACUGGUCACACUAAUAUUGUGGAUUUUCUGACACACCAUGCGCAGACCAGCAAGACAGAACGUAUCAAUGCUCUAGAGCUUUUGGGAGCUACGUUUGUAGACAAAAAAAGAGAUUUACUUGGGGCUUUGAAAUACUGGAAAAAGGCAAUGAACAUGAGGUACAGUGAUAGGACUAAUAUCAUUAGUAAACCAGUACCACAGACUCUAAUAAUGGCUUAUGAUUAUGCUAAGGAGGUGAAUAGUGCAGAAGAGUUAGAAGGUCUUAUUGCUGAUCCUGACGAGAUGAGAAUGCAAGCGCUGUUAAUUAGAGAACGUAUUCUUGGCCCUUCUCAUCCUGACACCUCUUACUAUAUUAGAUAUAGAGGUGCUGUCUAUGCAGAUUCUGGGAACUUUAAACGAUGCAUCAACCUAUGGAAGUAUGCUUUGGAUAUGCAGCAGAACAAUUUGGACCCUUUAAGCCCAAUGACCGCCAGCAGCUUACUGUCUUUUGCAGAACUGUUCUCCUUUAUGCUACAGGAUAGGGCUAAGGGCUUGCUGGGUACUACUGUUACCUUUGAUGAUCUUAUGGGCAUACUGUGCAAAAGCGUCCUUGAAAUUGAACGAGCUAUCAAACAAACUCAGUGUCCAGCUGACCCACUGCAAUUAAAUAAGGCUCUUUCCAUCAUUUUGCACCUGAUUUGCUUAUUAGAAAAAGUUCCUUGUACUCCAGAACAGGACCAUUUCAAAAAACAGACUAUCUACAGAUUUCUUAAGCUUCAUCCAAGAGGAAAGAAUAGCUUCAGCCCUCUGCAUCUGGCUGUGGACAAGAAUACUACCUGUGUAGGGCGGUACCCUGUUUGUAAGUUUCCAUCUCUGCAAGUUACUGCAAUACUGAUAGAAUGUGGUGCUGAUGUGAACGUCAGAGACUCUGAUGACAACAGUCCCCUGCAUAUUGCUGCUCUGAACAACCAUCCAGACAUCAUGAAUCUUCUUAUUAAGUCAGGUGCACAUUUUGAUGCCACAAACUUACACAAACAAACUGCUAGUGACUUGCUGGAUGAGAAGGAAAUAGCUAAGAAUUUGAUCCAGCCCAUAAAUCAUAUCACAUUGCAGUGUCUUGCUGCUCGUGUCAUCGUGAAUCAUAGAAUAUAUUACAAAGGGCAUAUCCCAGAAAAGCUAGAGACCUUUGUUUCACUUCAUAGAUGAUAAUUUGACUAUUUUAGCAUUGUUAAAGCACGAAUUGGUAACAGUUGUUUCAUAAAUGAGCACUGUUGUGAUAACACCAGCAUUCAUUUGGCUUGAUGUCACUGUGCUCUCAUUGGCUAAUAAGCAUCAAAGUUACAGGAUUGGUUUCCCAGUAUUUAAUAUAAAUAUACCAUAUAAUAUAUUGUUUGUGAAUUAUUGAGAAAAGUAAUGUCAUAUUCAAAUUUCUAAAGUUGUCUGCCAAAGGCCAUUCUGGUUUUGUUUGCUGUUGGGUAUUUGGGACAGAGUUAACUGUUUUUUUCAGUGGUGUCUAUACUUUUUGAGUUUGUGAACUUUAUACAAUUGAAAGUCUUUUUUUCCUCUUGCUUCUUCCUUUUCAAGCUUCACCCCUGUUUUCUCCCUUUUCCUCCUGUUUCUGCUAUUUUUCCCCAUGAUGGACCCAUGCUAGGUCAUAAACCUUAUGGACUUACCAUUUGCAGUUACCAUAAGUGCUUUAUCUUCUCUAUGCAUCGGCUUAAACUUGACUGUUGUAUGUUAGCAUAUAUUCUAUGCAGCAGUUGGUCAACUUCAACUUGACACUGUUUUCUUACAUUCAUUACAAAGUUUAUUUCAUGAAAGUACUCCUGUAGCAUGACGAUUUUUAGAGCUGCCAGCUAGCUGAGAUCUAGCUUUUUUGUUUUUGUUAUUUUCCAUUACAUCUGAGGUUUCUUUCUCAUUUACAGAAGUUUUUGUAUGCUAAACUUGAGAAACAAAUCUAUUAUAACUCAUUAACCCAGUUGAAAUUUAGGUCUGCCAUCUUAAUACGUCAUGCUAUAAAGGGAAGACUAAAGUGACCCGCCUUUCAUACUGCUCCAGCGUUGUCCUGCUUGUGCUGAUGGUGUGAUUAGGUUUAGAGAAUUGCUAAAAGUUAACCUAAAAGUUUACACACAGCUUAACAGAUCACAUUGAAAUACUCCAUCAUUGAGCUGCAAAUGACUUUUAGUUACAAAAAGAGCUAAAGCAUGUCAGUGGCGUGAUGCUUGCCAAGCUAGAUCUGGGCAUCUAAAAAAAUUAAAGUAUUUUAGUGUGCAACUUACUGCCAUAGUACCAGAAGUUAGCAACAGUGUUCUUUCUUCGAGCUUAAACAUACUUUUUAAAGAUAACUUGCAUGAGUUACUUUGAUCUCUAUUAUUUGUCACUAGUUAAAACACAGAAGGUUGCACAGUGAUUUCUAUUACUGAAAGCGCCUCUCUUCUCUCUGCUUCUCUCCCUCCCUGCCUCCCUCUCUCUGCCCUCUCUUCACCUUUCUCCUCAUUCUUUCCAUCUUUCUCCUCCUCCUCCUCCCCCUUGGUUUUCUUUCUUUGAUUUGCUAAUGCCACAGAAAGGGCUCUUUUGACUUAAGAAAAGAUAAGUGAAAAUGACUAAAAAGAUUCAGGUAGUAAUCAUUCAGCACUUUAUUUUAUCAGAAUAAAACUUAUAAUGGUGUAUUCGCCUACAAAUGUCUUAAUGUAAUUGCUCUGAAUAAAAAGCUCCGUAUUGAUUUGAAGAAAAAAAAAAUCAGUUUACCCGUGAAUUUAAUGAGCCGGAUCGCUGGGAUUUGGGGGUUAUAUUUUAUUCCUAGGGUUGAUGUAAUGCAGAGUCAUCAUUUGCAGUCAUGCUGCACUUACCUUCAUCUUUAUGCAGUAAAAACUUGUAAUGAGUAUAACAUUAUACUUUUCAACUAAGAUUAAAUAAAAACUAAAAAAUUCCAUUUUAAUUAAUUGUGGUUCAAUUUUUAAAAAAAUAUAUCCUUAUUUUACUAUAUUGUUUAUUUAAUUUACCACUGAAAAGACUGCAUUAGAUCAGUGGGCAUUUUCCAACCUCCUGAUGAAAAGAUUUUAUUAUCUUUGAUUUACUAUGGGCAAACCUGAUAAAACAUUUAAACUGCCACAUAUAUUAAGAAUAAUUUGUCAUUUAGAUAAAUCCUGUAGAAAUGUCAAGCAAUAUUUUGAAAUCAUCUUCUGACUGUGGUAGGAGAAUUACAUGUGCAUGAGCUACUUUGGAAAACUUUGCCAGUUGGCUAAACCUUCAUUGGUUGAUCUUUCUGCAUUUUUAAGGGAUUUAAAUUUCUCCUGCCUCUUGGCAGGGAGAGUGGGAGUUAAUGUUCUUAGAGCAAGGCACAUCUCUAACACUGCCUUAUGGAUGGACUUGAAUUGUGUGACUCAAAUCACAUUAUAAUUCAUUUUCUGUCAUUUAAAAACAGGUAACUUGGAGGUAACUAUAAUGCUGCACUGCACUUAGGAUACUUCUGUAUCCUUUCUCUGUUUGCCCUCUCUAGAUAUGUUAUUUGAAAAAUUAGUUUAGUAGCUCACGAUAAUGAUUUUUAUUUUAGGUGGGUUCAGAAAUGUGACAUCAGAUACUGUUAAGACCAUCAAAAUGAUUUCAAAAUUGUGAGACUGAAUAACAUAAAAUUCUUAAUUUUUUUAACCACAGGUGAGUAAAUUAGGUAAUUGAUUACUCAUUUGAAUGAAACUACACUGGACAUUGUAGUUGGUAGUGUUAACUGGCAGUGUUGUGUAGAUUUUGACUGUUUCUACAAAAGUGCCCUGUUGGGGGCUCUCAAUUCAGAUCAUUUUUCUAAAAGAAGUAGUUAUUUUAUUCAGAUACCAGCCUACUUUCUAAAGGCAAAUGGAUUACCGACUUAAAAAUGGCCAUUUCUUUUAUCCUUAAAUCUGACAAGCGUGAGCCCAAGUCAGCAAAAAAUAAUCUGGUGCCCUUUAUGAUUUUGAAGUUGGAUGUUGUUCAUUUGUAGAGACAACUUGUAUUAUAUUUUUAAAAACUCCAUUUGCUGUCACCUGGGAAAAUUAUUCAGAUAUUUGGAAAAAUAGCUUUUCAAAAUCAUAUUGCCCAGCCAAAACCCUCAGCAGAAUUUAUAAGUGCGUCUUUUCUCAGCAGAGGCUGAAAAGGAAUAACAUUCUUACACACUAUGAUAGUGGCUCUUUUGCUUGGAACUUCAGCCACUUCAAGGUUAGAUACGAAGGAAAUUUUAAUUGGUUCUUUCCCCCUCAUGUAUCACUACAACUAGUUUUCCUCCCUUUUGUAGUACCAUUGUGUUUUGUUUUUUUUUUAAAGAAGUACUGUAUUCAGAUGCCAGCCAAUAAAUUGUUACAUAGUGGAAAAUGAUAGUGCUACAACAUUCAUUGUAAGGUUUAAUAAAGUUAAAUUUGCACCAAC